AUGACGUUCAAACUUGCAGACCUUCCUACAGUGCGGGACCUUGAGGCAAUAGCUAACGCCUCCCGUGAGGACAUCGAGGACGGUUUACGCAAGAUACUUGGUAAAGAAUAUCCCAAUCCCUUGGCUGGUAACGAUGCUUCCUGGGAGGCAGGAACUUUUUCCGGCAACGACAGUGGUUUCGACACAUCUACUCCUCAGGA